GUCACACUGCACACACACCACACCACACACACUGACACACACUACACCAAAAAGAAAAACAGGCGAAAAACGCCCAGUAAAUUCGUGUCGGCAGAAAAAUUGUGCGGCCAGCAGAAGUGUUUGUAGAGUGGAGUCCAGCUCCAAACGCAAAACGCAAACGCAACCCGAAAGCGGAAAGCAGAAAGCACAGCCAGCCACUGCACUGCAACCGGGCGGACAGGACGGACGGAGCGACACAGCGACAUUCCAGCCAACAAGAAUAAGAAGCAGCAGGAGUAGAAGAAUAAGAAGAAGCAGCAGCGGAGGAGGGAGGCCAAUUUACGUUGAUCAAUUAUGAAUUUCCUGGGCUUUGGCCAGUCCGCCGAGAUCGAGAUUGUCUUCGAUGGCGCCGAGCACAAGACGGCCGAGGUCAAGGGUGAGGAUGGCAAAGUGGAGAAAAUGCUGCUCUUCUACGAUGGCGAAACAGUGUCCGGCAAGGUUAAUGUGACGCUGAAGAAGCCGGGCAGCAAGCUGGAGCAUCAGGGCAUCAAGAUUGAGUUCAUUGGACAGAUCGAGCUGUUCUACGACCGGGGCACCCAUCACGAGUUCAAGUGCCUGGCCAAGGCACUGGCGCGUCCCGGGGAUCUCAUCCAGAACAACAGCUACCCGUUCGACUUCCCGAACGUGGAGAAGCAGUUCGAGGUGUAUGCCGGCUCGAACGUGAGGCUGAGGUACUUCCUGCGCGCCACGAUCGUGCGUCGGAUCAGUGACAUAACGCGCGAGGUGGACAUUGCCGUGCACACGCUGUGCAGCUACCCGGAGAUGAACAAUCCCAUCAAGAUGGAGGUGGGCAUCGAGGACUGUCUGCACAUCGAGUUCGAGUACAACAAGAGCAAGUACCAUCUGCGCGACACGAUCAUCGGCAAGAUCUACUUCCUGCUGGUGCGCAUCAAGAUCAAGCACAUGGAGAUCGCGAUCAUCAAGCGGGAGUCCACCGGCACCGGGCCGAACAUGUUCAACGAGAACGAGACGAUCGCCAAGUACGAGAUCAUGGACGGGGCGCCGGUCAAGGGCGAGAGCAUACCCAUCCGGGUCUUCCUCGCCGGCUACAACCUGACGCCCACGAUGCGCGACAUCAACAAGAAGUUCUCCGUCAAGUAUUUCCUCAACCUGGUGCUGAUGGACACCGAGGAUCGGCGCUACUUCAAGCAGCAGGAGAUCACGCUGUGGCGCAAGGCGGACAUUCCCCGCUACCAUGUCGCCCAGCAUCAGCAGCAGCAACACCAGCAGCAUCAGCACGUCCCGCUGCAUGCGCCGCCCCAUCUGGUGAGUGGCCCGGCGGCACCCACAGUCGCCCCAUCCCUCAUCAACGCCAGCACGGCCACGGACAGCAGCGAGGGUGCGGCCACAGCUGGGUCCACAAUUGGCGCUGGCGCUGGCGUGGGCGUGGGCGAUGGCGUGGCCAGCACCGAAUCGAAAAUGGGACUCUUCACCAGGGAGAGCCCCAACCAGGAGUUUAGCCAGCAGCAGCUCGACUCUCCACUGCCCAGCUCGCCGCCGUUGACGCCCCUGAACGAGAGCCCGGUCGAGCGAGAGAUCCGCGAAGUGGAGCCAACAUCGACGCCCACUCCAGCAGCGGCAGCGGCCGAAUCGGAUCCAAUUUCAGUUGCACCCGAGCGGGGGAUGGGCGAUGGCGCCGCAGCGGCCACCGCAAGUGCCUCGCCGAUUGCCAUGUUGUCCAGCUCGCCGCCGCCGCUGCCCGUGCAGCUUGCAGCGUCGCAGGAUGUGGUCCCGGAACUGGACUUAGACGUGGCCACUGAUCCCACUGUUGGGGCUACGUCCCCGGCGGCAGCUGCGAAAAAGGUCAGCGCUACGCCACUGGCUGCCGAUUGAGAUAGGAGCGUGGAUCCGGAUCGGGUCGGGCUGGGCUGGGAGUGGGCGGCUUGUAGUGGAAUGGCGGAGAAGGAGG